AUGAGGAGUACAUCAUCAUCCAAAAAACCGUCGUCGUUGAAGGUGCUGACAACGAAGUUGAAGGAGAUGCAAGCUACUGUAAAUGACAUCGGGCAUUUUGUUGAUCGUUACAAGGAGGAUACAACCAUCGGUGAGGUGGAGGUUCGCCUAGAGAGAUUGGAAAACCUUUUGGAAAAAUAUGGUGAGACGCUGAUCGAAAUCAAGGUGCACGACGAUUUUGAUCCCUCCGAUGGGACCUACGAUGAGGAGCGACAUGAAUUCUGUGAACGGUUUUACCACGUCAAAUCCUUUCUCAAGGAUAAGAUGAGAGGAAUGACGGAUCUACCAGUGAAAAACCAAUCGGUCUGUUCAGAGGAUAAUCCUAUUCCUCAUACGCAUGAGCACGUUCGUCUACCACAAAUCCGAUUACAAACGUUCAAUGGGGAUAUUGACGAAUGGAUCAGCUUCCGAGAUUUGUUCAUUUCUGUGAUCCAUUCGAAGCCGGAUCUUCCAGAGGUAGAAAAACUUCAUUAUUUGAAGGGCUGUUUGAUAGGAGAACCACGAAAUCUAAUCGAUCCUCUACAAAUUACGACGACAAACUACCACAUCGCUUGGGAGAUGCUGCUGAAGCGAUACAAUGACAGCAAACAGCUAAGAAGGCGCCAGGUUCAGUCACUCUUUUCGCUGCCAACGAUCAACAAGGAAUCCAUUGCGGAACUGCAUGAGCUACUGGAAGGUUUUGAAAGGACUGUGCAGACGUUAGAUCAAAUUAUCCAACAGGUUGAAUAUAAAGAUCUCCUGCUAGUGAAUAUACUGACGUCACGGUUGGACCCUGUUACACGCAGAGGUUGGGAGGAAUUCACGGCUAGUAAGGAACGAGAUACCGUGGCUGAUUUGACGGAGUUCAUUCGAAGACGGAUACACGUAUUGGAGUCAAUGCCUAUGAAGACCGUUUCCAACUCACAACAACCUGUAACCAAACCGAAAGCUGCUGGGAUGAACGUGUCAGAUCGAGAGGCACUUCUUCGAACUCACGCUUUGUGUCGAAACUGCUUCAGAACGGGCCAUCAGGCGAAGGAUUGUCAGUCAAGGUUCUCAUGUCGCAAAUGCAAGGGACGACACCAUACCCUGGUGUGCUUUAAGUUGGGGAAGGAUGGCGGGACGAGCACAGCUAACAGUGGUAAAACCAGUAGCUCGAACAAUCCAAUUGGGGGCAAGGGCCCAACGAAUUCCACUCAUGUUGCAAACCUAGCAUCCAACAGUAUGAUUUCCGGCACCGUACAGCAAUAUUCCUCACAAGUCCUGUUAGCUACAGCAGUCGUGCUGUUGGAUGAUGACGAUGGCAACCAAUAUCCAGCUCGAGCGCUACUCGAUUCCGGGUCCGAGAGCAAUUUUCUCUCCAUAAGAUUAAGUCAAUUCCUGAAGGUUAAUCGAGAUAAGGUGGACAUCUCAGUAUUAGGAAUCGGACAAACAUCAACCAGGGUAAAUCAACGCAUUUAUGCUACCGUCAAGUCGAGAGUUUCGAAUUUUUCCCGUGAGUUGAACUUCCUCGUACUGCCUCGAGUGACAGUGAACUUACCCACGGCCAAUGUGAAUACAAUUGGGUGGAGGAUACCAGAAGGGGUAGAGUUGGCCGAUCCUUCCUUCUGUAUAUCUAAGAGCGUGGAUGUCGUUCUAGGGAUCGAAUCCUUCUUUGACUACUUCGAGACAGGUCGUAGAAUCAGCUUAGGAGAGAAUUUGCCAUCGCUGAAUGAGUCGGUCUUUGGAUGGAUUGUCUGUGGUGGACUGUCCGUAGUAAAUCAUCCCUUACGCAUAAAUUGCAAUAUGUCUACGGCUGAAAAAUUGGAGGAGCUUGUGACCCGAUUUUGGUCCUGUGAGGAGGUUGGGACAAGCAAAGGGUUUUCACCGGAGGAGACACGGUGCGAGUUGUUUUAUGCAAAUACGGUACGGCGAGAGACAGAUGGGCGGUUUACUGUUUCGCUACCGAGAAAUGGAGACGUUUUGGCGCAGUUAGGCGAGUCGAGGGACAUCGCUUUGCGACGGCUUCAUGGGACCGAACGACGGUUAGCCAGGGAUGACGGAUUACGGGAACAGUAUAUCGCGUUUAUGUCGGAGUAUCAGCAGCUUGGACACAUGCGGAAGGUAGUUGGUGAGGAAAUUAAUCCAUGUCAGCGUUGUUACCUGCCACAUCACCCAGUCAUCAAGGAGGCAAGCACAACGACUAAGGUUAGGGUGGUGUUCGAUGCCUCCUGCAAAACGAAAUCCGGAAAAUCAUUAAAUGAUUGCCUCUUGGUGGGCCCAAUAAUACAGGAUGACUUGAGGUCCAUUAUCCUACGAUGUCGAAUCAAGCAAAUCAUGCUGGUUGCGGACGUGGAAAAGAUGUUCCGCCAAAUCAAUGUACACCAAGAAGAUCGGUCACUACAAUGCAUCCUUUGGCGCGAAUCACCGUCCGAAGAGGUAUCAGUCUACGAACUAAACACGGUGACGUAUGGAACCAAAUCAGCUCCGUUUCUUGCCACGAGAACGCUGAAACAGCUAGCAAUGGAGGAGGAACAACGAUUUCCCAUCGCAGCAAGAGCCGUUAGCGAGGACACGUAUAUGGAUGACGUGUUAACAGGAACUGAUGACGUUGAAGAAGCGUUGCGACUGAGAUUCGAACUGGAAAAGAUGAUGGAAAGUGGAGGUUUUCGAUUGAGAAAGUGGGCGUCAAAUCACCCAGAUGUUCUAAGAGAUGUUCCUAAGAGUUACUUGGCAAUUCCCGAUUCAACGGGCAUAGUUUUGGACGCUUAUCCUUCUGUGAAGACAUUGGGUCUAAUAUGGAUACCUAAAAAGGAUGUUUUCAAAUUUCAUUUCACUAUACCUCCUGUGGAACAUAGCGAGGUUCUUACGAAACGGCUUAUUUUAUCCCGAAUUGCUACUCUUUUUGACCCAGAAGGGGAUAUUGGUCCAGUAAUUACAACUGCCAAAAUAUGUAUGCAAUCCUUAUGGACAUUGACCGAUCAAGGUGGAAAUCGGUUGGACUGGGAUCAGCCACUGCCUCCCACAGUGUGCGAAAACUGGAAACAAAUAUCAACAACAACUCCCUUUGCUGAACGACAUUGA